AUGUCGUUUGACAUCAAAAGCACUGUUGAAGGUUUCCCUCCCAUCUCCGUUGCAAACACUCACCAUCUCAGAAGAUUUAUUGGGAAGAGUAGAUCAUUUGAUGGAACCUGUCGGUUGUGUGUUAAGGUUAAUGAUGAUUCAGCUAGCUGUAACAAUCAAGCUUCUGAUACAUUUGCUUCGCCUGUUUCUACUGUCCAGAGAGAAAUACAGGUUCAUACUGAUCCAGCAAGCUGUGUUUCUACAGUUCCUCUGAAUUCUCUUCCUGAUUUUAGUCCUCUCCAUAUUGGACUUUCACCAACAACAAGAGGACCUGGUGAUAUUAAGGUAAAUAGAUAUUUUAAGACCAAGGGAGAGUUUAUGUUGAGGAUGAAGAAAUGGGCUUUAGAGUGGAAGUUUGAGUACAAGACUGUCUCUUCUAACAAGUCAAGAGUGUUAUGGAGUUGUGUUGAUGACAAUUGCACGUGGAGGAUGCGUGCUACUAAGCUACCUCUUUCAGACUUUUUCGUUGUUAAAAAGUAUGUUCAUGAGCAUACAUGCGAUACAACACACAGGAAUGCCAACCACAGACAAGCAUCUGCAAAGUUGUUGGGUUAUUUGAUUUGCAGUAAUUAUGGAGAAAAGAAGGAAGGUCUCAAACCGAAACAGAUCAUUGAGCAGGUCAGGAUUCUGCAUGGCGUUCACAUCAAUUACAAACAAGCUUGGAGAGUGAAAGAAGAAGCUCAGUUUUUGGUUAGAGGGACUCCUGAAGACAGCUAUUACAAUUUGUCUAGGUGGUUGUACAAAGUCACAGAGACAAACCCUGGUAAGUUAACUUAUCAACAAGUGGAUGCUGCUGGAAAGUUCAAGUAUGCAUUUGUGGCUUUUGGUCCAUCGAUAAGGGGAUUCUCAUUGAUGAGGAAAGUUAGUGCAGUAGAUGGUACAUUUCUGAAGGGAAAAUUCAAUGGGACUUUAUUGGCAGCUUGUGCUCAAGAUGGGGAUUAUCAUCUAUAUCCUCUGGCCUUUGCAGUGGUCGACGCAGAAAAUGGCGCCUCUUGGAAAUGGUUCUUUAGAGGUUUGAGCCAGAUGAUCCUGGAUACUUCGGAUCUUGUUUUUGUAUCAAACAGGGCUAACUCCAUUGCUUCAGCGCUGGAGGAUGUUUAUCCCUUAUCUCACCAUGGAAUCUGCAGGAUCCAUCUGCUCCGCAACAUCACUCCUACAUAUUCGAAGACUGGUUUGCUACCUCUGGUGGAAAGCGCUGCUGAUGCCUACACGUGUCACGAGUUCUGGUUAAUCUUCAAGGACAUAAAGGAUAAAUGUCCUGAAUUGGCUAAGUAUCUGGAAGAUUCGGAUUUUAGGAAGUGGGCACGAUGCUUUGCGCCUGCGAACAGGUACAAUAUCAUGACUACCUACAUUGCAGAGUCUCUCAAUUCUAUGUUGAAGCUGCCUCGUGAGUUGCCACUGAUCUCUCUCCUUGAGAUGAUCAGAUUAACACUCACCACUUUGUUUUUUGAGCGACGCGAAGCGGCUGCAAAACAUAAGCACCUGGUUACUCCAAAAGUUGUGCAGAAGUUGGUAUCUAGGUUUGGGGCUGCAAUGGUGCUGAAUGUGUAUCAAGUUGAUCAAAACGAGUUUGAGGUGAAGGAUGAAACUAUGAAGUAUGUUGUUGAUUUGGAGAAACGGCAUUGCACUUGUAAUGUUUUCGACAUUGACAAGAUUCCCUGCAUUCAUGCAAUUGCUGCUGCUAAGUAUAUUAAGAGAGAUGAAAACCGUUACGUCGAUACUUCUCACUUGACAGAAACGUGGGCUAAAGCCUAUGCCGAAAGCAUACACCCUGGUGGAGAGUUGUCAACGUCCACCUAUAUAGCGAAUAUUGACGAACUGUCUUGCCCACCUCCAGCUACCAAAAAGAGAAGUGGACGUCCUCCUACAAAGAGAAAGAGAUCCGUUGGCGAGUAUAUAGGUGAUUAA